AUGUACAAACCUGUCAUCAUCUACACACUAUUUUGGCUGACAGGUAAUAAUCUAGGAAAUGAUCAUUUGUUGUAGAUUCAUAAUAUGGUAUGAUGUAUAUUCAUCCUUUCUGUAUGCCUAUGCUAGUGAAAGUCUUCUCUCCAUCUCUCCUCAGGUCUCUCUCUCAGUGUUGAGGUUCACCAGACUCCCUCUGCAGUCUUCAGCAGACCAGGAGAGAAUGUUCAACUCUUCUGCAACCAUCAGAAAUCAGACUAUAGAGUGAUACUGUGGUACCAACGUACACCUGGAGAAACCGCACUGAAACUCAUAGGAUAUUUGAAUUAUAAUUCUCAAACCAUUGAGAGUUCAUAUGACAAACAUUUCAAUAUGAGUGGGGAUUUGAGUGGCGAUGGCCCAAAGAAUGCCUCUCUGAACAUGUUCAACUUAAAACGACCCCAACACAGUGCAGUGUAUUUCUGUGCUGCUAGUUAUGCACAGUGUUGCAGAUUCCCCUGUCUACACUACAAAAACCUUCUCUCAUUCACUGUCUCAGUAGAUUAUACCGAAGCAACACCUCCCUCACACCUGCACUGAGCUCUGGAUUUGAUUCAGUGCCAAUAUAAUAUCACAGUAAAGCUGUCUGGAUUCUGUCAUUACAUCACUGAUGAGGUCACUUCCUGUUCCUCCUCUCCAGUCAGUUCAGAUGAGAUGUCAGUUGGUUGUCAACGAUCACUAAGUCAACAUGAUCAGACCUCUUCUCAUUGUCACUGUCCCACUAUUCUGGAUCACAGGUAAUUUAAGCAACAGUUAUUUAGUAGUUCCCUACAAUACGUAUUAAACAUGAAAGUGUAGCAAUUUGCAUUAAUGUGUACAAAUAAUUACUAAUCAAAGGUUUUCUGUAAACUUGAGAAAUGGUGGUACAAUCCUUUGUUAUGUACUGUAAAAUAUAAAUAAUGUUCUCUCUCUCCCCACAGGUGUCUCUCUCAGUAAAUCAGUGUCCCAGUCUCCCUCCGCGUUGCUGGUAAAGCCUAAUACUUCUGUCACACUCAACUGCAGUCAUAAAAUCCCCAGCUAUGACACUAUCCUCUGGUACCAGCGUUCUGUGGGAGACACGGCCCUAAACCUCAUAGCGUAUACAUACUAUAAAACCCUUACAGUUGAACCCCCAUAUAAAGGUUAUUUUGACGUGACAGGAGAUGGAGAGAAUGAUGCCUACCUUCAUCUCCUCAAACUGAGACAAGCUGAAGACAGUGGGGAGUAUUUCUGUGCAGCCAGUCUACACAGUGGUGCAGAUACCAAGUCUACUCUACAAAAACCUCUACCUUUCAGAUCCAUCUGACACUAUAAUCAACACACCUGCAUUAAACCACAUGAACUAACAAGCUGUUCAGGAAAGGACGGGGGGAAAAAAGAAGGGAGGGGGCGGUUGGGGGGGGGGGAAAGGGGGAAGCUAUGAGGGAGAGAGAGAGAGAGGGGAAGGUUUUAGCAAGCAUUUUUGGGAUAAAAAAAAAGGAAGAGAAGAGAGAGAGAGAAAAUGGUUUUGGGGGAGAAAAAAAAUGGGGUUUUUUCCCUUCUCUUUUUCUCUCUCUCCUCUCUCUUCCCUCCUCUUUCUUCCUCUCUUUUUCUUCCCUUCUCUCCUCUUCGUCUUUCCCCCUUCUUCUCUUUUCCCCUCCCCCCCUUUCCCACCCCUUUUCCCCCCUUUCCCCUGUUUCCUUUCCCUUUCCCCUUUCCCCUUUUUUUUCCCCCCCCUGCUGAUCUUUUUUUCCCCCUUUGUUUUUUUUUCCCCCCGAAACCCUUUUUUUCCUCAUUUUUUUAUACAAAAUUUUUUCCCCCUUUUCCCCCCCCUUUUUUUUUUCCCCCCUUUUUUUUCCCCCCUCCUCCUCCCCUCUUUUUGUCCUCUGUUUUUUCCCCCCUCUUUUCCUCUCCUCCUCCCCCUCCUUUUUUCCUCCCCCCCCCCCUCCCCCUUCUUGUCCCUCCUCUCCUCCCCUUUUCCCUUCUCCUCCCCUCUCCUCCUCUCUUCCUCUUCCUCAUCUUCCGCUCCUCCCCUCCUCCCCCCCCUCCUCCUUUCCCCUCUCCUCCUCCUUUUUUCCCCCUUUCCCAGGGUUGGGUCAGGUACCAAGUUGUCCAACCCUCUACCUUGGAAACCGACCCCAAACUCCCUGACUCAGCUGUUCUCCCUACAAAGACUUUUUGGUUACCCCGGGGCGACAGUUCAUUCUCAGGACCGACAGCUAAAAACUGCUGGGAACCUUUACACACCCACCAAGCCCAAAUCCUUUAAAGGCCAAUUAAAUUAAGGGAAAACAGAAGAGUAUUGUGAUUUAAGCUUUUUCCAACCUCACAAGAGACAGUGCAGUUAUUUUUUGUGUGCCAAAGCAGAGUGCACGAUCCUUUUCACCCUACAAAAACCCCCAUCUCAAAAACCGUCCACCUCACACCUUCACACAGUUUUUCUGAAACCCAUCCCCAUACUAAAAAAUCCUCAAUACCAAAAAAACCCCCAAAAAUAAAAAUCCCACUACAACACCCCCUACUAAAUCCUCAAUAUUAAACAUUUUCAAUCUAACAUCCCUACUAAAAAUCCUCACUAUAAACAUCCUCAAUACAAACCCCCCAAAAACUAACAUCCUCCACUAACACCCACUAACACCCCCAAUACUUAAAAAUCCCCAAUACUAAAAAUCCACAAUCUAAACUCCUCAAAAUAAACAUCCUCAAUACAAAACCCUCACACUAAACAUCCUCAAAACUAAAAAUCCUCAAUACUAAACUCCCAAAACUAAAAAUCCAAAUACUAAACACCCAAUCUAAACAUCCUCAUACUAACAUCCUCAAUACUAACAACCCACUAAAACACCCCAAUACAAAAACCUCAAACUAAACAUCCCCAAACCAACAAACAUCCUCAUACUAAAAAUCCUAAAAACAAACCCCCUCAAUACUAAAAACCCAAUACUAAAAAAUCUUUUACUAAACAUCCUCUACUAAAAAAAUCCUCACUACCCCAAACACCUCAAAACUAAACUCCUCAAAAUAACACCUCAAACAACAUCCUCACUACUAAACAUCCCAUACUAAAAAACCUCAAUACUAACUCCCACUAAACAUCCACAAUACUAAACACCUCAAUACUAAACUCCCAAACAAACAUCCUCAAUCCAAAUCCCAAACUAACUCCCAAAACUAACAUCCCAAAACUAAACAUCCUCACUACUAAAAUCCUCAUACUAAACAUCCCAAACAAACACCUCAAUAAUAAAAAUCCUCCACUAAACAUCCCAAUCUAACAUCCACAAAAACCCAAACAAAACCUCAAUCUAAACUCCUCAAAACUAACAUCCCCAAAACAAAAUCCUCAAAAACUAAACCCCAAUACCAAAUCCUCAAAACUAAAAAUCCCAUACUAAAAAACCACUACUAAACAUCCUCAAAACAAAUCUUCAUACUAAACACCCAAUACUAAACAUCCUCACUACUAAACUCCUCAAUACUAAACUCCUCAACUAAACCUCCCACCUAAAAAUCCCAAUACAACAUCCUCAUACUAAAAAAACCUCACACUAAACAUCCACAAAACUAAACCCUAAUCUAAAAAAAUCCCAAUCCAAAAAAAUCCCAAUACCAAACAUCCUCAAUACUAAACAUCCUCAAACAACCCCCCCCCAAUCUAAACUCCUCACUACAACUCCUCACUACAAACCCCUCCUCAAUUCUCCUCAACUAACUCCUCACUACAACACCCCCAAAUACUAACUCCCAAUACUAAAAAUCCCCAAUACUAACAUCCUCCCCCAAACUAAACUCCUCAAUAAAAACACCCAAAACCUCCCAAUACAAACAAACCUCACUACUAAACAUCCCCUACUAAACCCUCAAACUAAACAUCCUCAUACUAACCCCAAAACUAAAAAAACCUCAAUACAAACUCCUCAACAACUCCUCAAUAUAAAAAUCCUCAAAACUAAAACCCCAACAAACACCUCAAUCUAACAUCCCAAUCUAAACCCUCCUAUAAAAACCCAAACAAACAUCCACAAAACUAACAUCCUCAAUAAACUCCUCAAACUAAAAAUCCUUACUACUAAACAUCCCACUACUACAUUAAACUGUUCCCCCUGUCUGGGGAUCAACUCACCCUUAACUUUCCUCUGUCUGGGGAAAAAACAAAUCACCACAAACUGUUCCUCUGUCUGGAGAUAUAACCACCACUAUAACUGUUUUCCCCUGUCUGGAAUACAACUCACCACUAUAACUGUUCCUCUGUCUGGAGAUACAACUCACCACUAUAACUGUUCCUCUGUCUGGAGAUACAACUCACCACUAUAACUAGUCUGUCUGGAGACACAACUCACCACUAUAACUGUUCCUCUGUCUGGAGAUACAACUCAUCACUAUAAAAAGACACGUCCCAUCCAGUUCUCCGUGGGCCGCAUGGUGUCCAACAACUUUGAUGCACUCGGCUGCAACACCUCCUCCUGCAAGUUGCUCCAUCUACGCCAGGGUUCUUCAAUUCCGGUCCUGGAGGGCCGAAACACUUCUGUUUAUUAUUUUUUCCUGGUAGUUAAUUGCACUCACCUGUUGACCCAGGUCUGAAUUAGCCCCUGAUUAGAAGGAGAGGAUGAAAAACAGAGGUGUUUCGGCCCUCCAGGACCGGAAUUGAAGAACCCUGUUCUACGCCAUGGCCCAAACCAGUGAUACCAAAGAAGAUUUCAUGAUCGGCCCCCUCUCGUCACCACCCUUCCCCAUCUACAGGAUCAGACCCAUAGGGAUAGCAACACUAAGUACUCUGGAAAGAAACAACUCAUUAUUGACCUCUCUGCCCCCCGCAACAGCCACAUCCCCAGUAUCAAUAGCCUCAUUCCCAGCCAAGACUUCUCUUUAGAGUAUCUUUUCCAGAAAUUCAGGACCGUGGCGCUAGCCUCCGACUCCAAUUCCUCCGUUUUCAGAAACCAUCUUCACCUGAACCCUUCCCUCCGCCACCUGAUCGCCCAAUGAACCAUCCAACCAACCGCCAUUGGGUCCAUCUCCAUCUCAUCAUCUUCAAAUCCGUUUUCCUCUUUCACUUCUCCGGACACUCCUUCCAGAUCGGUGCCGCCACCUCUGCUUCUCACCAAGGGCUGCCUGACCACACAGUUCAACUUCUAGGCCGCUGGUCCUCCCAAGCCUACCACAGCUACAUCCGAUCCAACCCACAAGAUCACCUCUGAGCCCACAAUACCCUCUGUUCCUGAACUAUUAUCCUUCAGUCCUGACCUUUUGGGGUUUGCACUGCACAAGCCACCUACCCCGAACAGGACUGCUUCCCCUACACCAAGAGCACUCGUUCUCCAGCGUCCUUUGGACAACCACACCACUACACCAAGAGCACUCGUUCUCCAGCGUCUUACGGACAACCUUGGCCCUACACCAAGAGCACUCGUUCUCCAACGUUCUAUGGACAACCACACCCCUACACCAAAAGCAGUUGCUCUCCAGUGUCCUAAGGACAACCUUGUACGUAGUGUAGAAUGCCUCUCUGAACGUUUUCAACUUAAAGCGACCCCAACACAGUGGAGUGUAUUUCUCUGCUGCUAGUUAUGCACAUUGUUGCAGAACCCCCUGUCUACACUACAAAAACCGUCUCAGUAGAUUAUACCAUAACAUGAAACAUCUUCCUCAAAACUGCAUUUGAGAUCUGAAUUUGAUUGUGCCAAUUUAACAGGGUUUUGCCAUUACAUCAGUGAUGAUUUCACUUCCUGUUCCUCCUCCUCUCUAGUCAGUAGAGAUGGUUUGACGGUUGAUUCAGAUGAGUUGGUUGUUGAUGAUCAUCAGUGAUGAUGUCACAUCCUGUUCCUCCUCCUCUCCAGUCAGUAGAGAUGGUUUGAUGGUUGAUUCAGAUUAGUUGGUUGUUGAUGAUCAUCAGUGAUGAUGUCACUUCCUGUUCCUCCUCCUCUCCAGUCAGUAGAGAUGGUUUGAUGGUUGAUUCAGAUUAGUUGGUUGUUGAUGAUCAUCAGUGAUGAUGUCACGUCCUGUUCCUCCUCCUCCCCAGGCAGUUGAGAUGGUUUGAUGGUUGAUUCAGAUUAGUUGGUUGUUGAUGAUCAUCAGUGAUGAUGUCACUUCCUGUUCCUCCUCCUCUCCAGUCAGUUGAGAUGGUUUGAUGGUUGAUUCAGAUUAGUUGGUUGUUGAUGAUCAUCGGUGAUGAUGUCACUUCCUGUUCCUCCUCCUCUCCAGUCAGUAGAGAUGGUUUGAUGGUUGAUUCAGAUUAGUUGGUUGUUGAUGAUCAUCACUGACAGUCAACAUGUACAACCCUCUCAUCAUCUUCACACUAUUUUGGCUGACAGGUAAUAAUCUAGGAAAUUAUCAUUUGUUGUAGAUUCAUAAUAUGGUAUGAUGUAUAUUCAUCCUUUAUGUAUGCCUAUGCUAGUGAAAGUCUUCUCUCCAUCUCUCCUCAGGUCUCUCUCUCAGUGUUGAGGUUCACCAGACUCCCUCUACAGUCUUCAGCAGACCAGGAGAGAAUGUUCAACUCUUCUGCCACCAUCAGAAAUCAGACUACACACUAAUGUUUUGGUACCAGAAAUCACAAGGAGAAACCGCACUGAAACUCAUAGGAAAUCUGUAUCAUAAAAAUCCAACCAUUGAGAGUUCAUAUGACAAACAUUUCAAUAUGAGUGGGGAUUUGAGUGGCGGUGGCCCAAAGAAUGCCUCUCUGAACAUGUUCAACUUAAAACGACCCCAACACAGUGCAGUGUAUUUCUGUGCUGCUAGUUAUGCACAGUGUUGCAGAUUCCCCUGUCUACACUACAAAAACCUCCUCUCAUUCACUGUCUCAGUAGAUUAA